GACCAGUCGAUCCUCGGGGUUCGCCAUUGUGUCAAACGGAGGAGGUGUGAAGGGACCUAUGGGUCGUUGGUUCCGGGCCAGGAGGGGCUCUGGUAGCGAGUAAGGUUGCGUUGGGAACUUCCCGAGUCUGUUAACUGUUAAUUAUGCAUGUCCCCGAUGUCGUACGGCACAGCCCAUGCGGGAAAUCGCGGAUACACCUGCGUUUUGCCGCAUCUACGGCUGCCUGCGUUCACAUUAUAUAGGAUUCAUCUUUAUUGCGCGAUAUUAUAGGCAGACGACUUAUUGACUAACUACAAAUUCGCCUAGUCGCAAAAAGGGGAACGUACAAUGCAAGCUAAUACAUUGCCGCCGGCUGCGUGUGCUAACUGGAAAGAUGGAGACGGUGUAUGCCCCAAUGAAGGCAAGCUGGCCUGUGGUAGCUGUAAAUUGGUACUGGUGAGUAGACACUCCUUCACAGUCAAAUAUUGGGAUACUAAUCGAUGCCAUGCAAAGUACUGCGGUCGUGAUUGCCAAGUAAAGCAUUGGAGCGAACACAAGAAAGCAUGCAAAUCCCCAAUGAGGAAAGAAAGCUGGCUUCCGGCCUGGGACCGCGACCGCCGGGACCCUGCGUGGGCUCAGGGGGCGGCCGCCACUAACAUCCACAACCCGUUUGGGAUGAAUAGACAUCUUUGGGGUAAUACACCUGCGAUGGAUGUGCUUAACUUACCCCGGAAUGAGGGGUCGGACUAUGAUAAAGAUAUAUCCAUUCUGUUUGCCGCAUCGGGAGAUCUAAGGAACGCUGCCAAGACUGUCCAAUGUCUUCCAGAGGGGUUUGACCACCAAGUGAAAAUAACCUUGAACGAUAGGGACCCGGUUGUCGCGUUGAGAAAUGUCAUUCUACUACUGCUCAUGCUGAAGUCCCUAGAGGAAGCAUCAGAUGAAGCUAGUAUUGAUAAUCUGGCCGAGACCCUCAUACACGUCUGGUACUCCGCCAUGAUUACAUCGGACAUGCUAUCUCAACUCGAAUCUAAAGUAAAGCCACUCGUCAAAGAAGCAUGCUUCUGGACUCCCUUCAGGGAGUCGGGAGAUGUGCUAAGAAAGAAGUGGGACUUUCAGUCAGGGGCUUCACUCGACGUAUCUAUUGAGAGGGAUACUUGGAGUCAGCUACUAAAGUUCCUUGAAGUACCUGAACAUCUUACCGCAGCGAAAGCUAGGGAUGUUCGCAUCGCUACUAUGUUGGCGCCCGAGAGGCAGGACUAUCGAGACCGAUGGGGAUUUAAGGAUGCUUCGCCGUCUAUGCGCGUCGCUAGGCAGCGUUUCCGAGAGGAUGGUAUACUUCUGCCUUUUGGGCAUCCGCGUUUGAAGUUCGAUAUACCUAAUCCGACCUUAUUCCAGGCAGCAGAUUGCUGGCCGAUGGAUGAUAAAGCAGACCCCUUGGAUGGCUGGCCCAUAGGUAAGGUUAGAGCAACACCAUUUCGAGCAGGCGAAGACUUGUAUGGGAAGUUGUUCUGGCAUAUUCGGGGCGUAUUGAGCGCUUUUAUACGGCGAGUUGCUACCGGGAAGAUACAUUUUGAGGUGCUUAAUAUCGAUGUCGCAGAUCUGGAUCAGCUCGUGGAGAAGGGCUCAUUUGACAGGAUAGAGGCAUCAAACAUCUCUGAUGUAUGUUGGUUGGGGACGCGGGAAACCCUGCGCUGCCUCAUCCCCUUACUCAAACCACCGCAGCGGAACCUACACGCUACUCUCAUCACCGUGUAUCUGAACGCAAUCAUCGAAACCUCCAAGCGUGACGGGCUUGAUAACGAGAGGCACGGCGUGGAACUCAUUAAGAAGUAUCUUAACAUAUCAGAAAGGAAUAUCGUAGCCAAUCCCCAGGGUGCCGAGAUGUACCGCAUAUGGGACGCACGGAGCCUCACUUUUAACCCAGAAAAGUUCUUUCGCAGGUACAUGGUUGAUCAACGAUUCCGUCAGGCUGCCGAGGAACUGGGAGUGGUCAUGAAGGAACAUAAUACGAUAGGAGAUGCGUGGCCUAUGAGCUUGAAACUUCGCCCUGGCGAACCCGGUGCCCAGGAGGAGUUCGACGGGCUUCUAGCUUCGGGCGCUACUGGAGUCGAGCGAUUUGUUGAAUGGAAAAGAGUGAGGUAGUUGUCCGGUUACUCGCGUAUGAGGACGUCAUGGUAUAGUAUGUAUAAUCACUUCGUAGGUGGAUAUGUGGCAGACCUAUCAAGCCCAUAAUGUCGCUUUUACUCUAGUCAUCCGAUCUCCUUGAGAGUUGGGGAUCGAGCCGGAUCUAUUGUACUCCUCGAUAGUUAUCAUCCGAAUACUUUUUAGACUCUCGUCUGCUCGUGGUAGCUUCUACAUAUUGCUGUGUU